UAAAACUAAAUAUACAAUACAUAUUUUAAAUAUUGUCAAAAUGGUGUCUUUUAUGAAGGAGGAGCAGAUUAAUUAUUCUCAAGAAUUAAUUUUGAAUCUAUAAAAUCAGUCAAAUAAGUCACCCUGCAUACUAGUACAUCCAUACAUCCAUUUUCUACCGCUUGUCCCUUUAAUACAUUACAUUUGUGUCCUUAGGCAAGACACUUCACCCACCUGCUCCCAGAGCCACCCACACUGGUUUAAAAAUGUAACAUAAAUAAUGGGUUUCACUAUGUAAAGCGCUUUGAGUCACUAGAGAAAAGCGCUAUAUAAAUAUAAUUCACUUCACUUCAUUUGUAACUUGUGUAACUAAGGGAAAUUAAUUGUAUUGUGCAUGGCAUAAAGUUUAUUUUUUAAGGCUUUUUAUUUGAUUUCCAUGAUAAAAUCAAAACAGCCACACGUUUCUUUUCAACGGGACACUGUUACACUGCCGCACAUUUUUAAAACCGCCUCCCUGUGCGAAACUAUGUCAGCCAAUCAGCAAACGGCGUUGGCACAGUCAAAUUUGCAUGACAUUACUACAAGAGCACAACAGGCGACAAUCAGGUUUAUUCACUUGUCGAACUCCAAUCACAAUGCCUGAACCACAAGCCAAGGCUGCACCCAAGAAGGGCUCCAAGAAAGCCGUCACCAAGGCUGCCGGCAAGGGCAAAGGAAAGAGGAGAAAGGCCAGGAAGGAGAGCUAUGCCAUCUACGUGUACAAGGUGCUGAAGCAGGUCCACCCUGACACCGGCAUCUCGUCCAAGGCCAUGAGCAUCAUGAACUCCUUCGUCAACGACAUCUUCGAGCGCAUCGCCACUGAGGCUUCUCGUCUGGCUCACUACAACAAGAGAUCCACCAUCUCUUCCAGGGAGAUCCAGACCGCCGUGCGUCUCCUGCUGCCCGGUGAGCUGGCCAAGCACGCUGUGUCUGAGGGCACCAAGGCUGUCACCAAGUACACCAGCUCCAAGUAAAUUGUUCUCUCAAUUUGCACAACCAACGGCUCUUUUAAGAGCC